CAUUGGCAUUAUGAGAGAGUAAAUGACUGUACUACUGUGUGUAUAUACUUGCGAUGUUAGUGGUAGUGGCAAUACGUGAUGUUGGAAGUAGCUCAGAAUUCGGCAUCCGCCAAGGGAACUGAAUGCCCCGCGUACCCACACCAAUAAUGAUCACCGUGAAGUUCUUCUUCACCACCACCUGGACGGAUGAAAGAAUCGUCGUCGCACAAGAUUACUCACACAAAUCAGUCAAGAAUAGCAAGACAUCCGUUGUGGCUUUCCGAAAUUUCUAGACCAUCGUGAUUUAUUCAUUUGGCAUCCAUCCCAAUCAUAUGUUGACUUUGAAAAAGUUCCCCCAAGUUCUCAAGUGAUCAUUUCCAAUCUCGGAUGUCCAGCGAUAAAAAUCCACUGAAGUGUCCGUGACAUUGAAGAUCGCUCUCAAUCGAGGAUUGGCUGUGAUGAUGAUAACGAUGAUAUGAUUCCACAUUGGGAAGAACACGUCAAUUACAGAAACACAUCACCUACUUUAGACUUCUUUUACGUCGUCCACUAGAACUCAGUCACCUAAUUAAGCUUUCAUGUCGAUGGCAUAUCCUCUCAACCAAACCCACCCCGAAACGACCAUCUCCUUGAAGGCAAAUUUGGCUUCCAUGAACGAGUCAAAAUAGAAAGCUAGCACCAUGGGAAACCAACCUUGGGAGUGCUCGACUGGGAUCCAGAACAACGCACAACACAACGCCCGUGGACGAGGAUCACAGAGGGAACAUGCAUUCCCAAAUACCUGGGACCGCUCUCCAGGGAGAAAGUCAGGCCGCAUAACUCGUUCAGUAUUGUUGGCCAUUGCAUGGAUUGCUGUUUGGAGUGAACUUGUGGUCGGAUCCCUGAGCUUGACCAUUCGGGAAGAUCAAAUCCACACGAGUUUGGGCAUCAGUGGACGACCUUGUCAGAGAGAUUCUGAUUGUCCUCAGGAGCAAGUGUGUGCCACAAGUGACGACUCGUCGAAUUCCACCCAGGGUGUUUCUUGGUGCAUCUGUCCACGAGGCUACGUCCUGUGGAAGUGGUCUUGCCAUCCCAAAGUUCUCCAAUUAGGCGGAUCUUGCAUUUUUAGUGCGCAGUGUGAGGCACCUUUUAAGCACAAUCAUCGGAUUUGUGAUCCCUUGAGCAAACAGUGUGCCUGUGAAUUUGGGUUUGUUCCUUCAUCGGACGCCGAAACUUGUAUCAUGGUCAAUCCCAGGGAAGUGACCUCAACUUCAGAGGCCAAUCUGAAAAUGGAGCUUAUCAGGCAAAUCAGGGAGGAUCUGGAGACUCGUAAUCACACCCGAUCUAAACAUGAUGAUGUUGUGUCAAGCGGAGAGGACACCUUGCAUCCCAAACAUUUGAAUUCCGACCAAAUUCACACUGUUCUUUACAUAGGCCUUGCACUCUGUUGCGUUCUUUGCGUGGGAGCCAUCAGCGCCCUCUACAUGAAGUUCAUGAAGAAGAAGCAAAACAAUCAAGCCGCAAUUCGUGGCCUCUUAGAUCUCGUCUCUGGUAGUGAUACCAAUAGUGUGGUUGGAGGAGGGAGUUCGCCUGGAUCGUUUGACUCCAAUACGGGUGGCAUAUACCCGCAUAGUUACAUCAUCCAGCCACCUACUUUGGGCAAUGGGCACAUUCAGUGUGUGGACUCCUCAAUUAUAAAUCUGGACACCAGUCGCCGUCGCCAAAGUAAAAUUUUAUUGCCAGCCUUGGAGGAAGAUCAAGUAGUCACUUAUCCCGCUCCACAUUUAUCAAUGCCAAUUCUGCCCCCUAUCCGAAAUAAACCUAGGGAGCACAAAGGUGAAGACAUUCGAUUCAUCGUCCCGCGACCCCGUGUGGAUGGAGAAAUAGAAACCCCUACCAUUGCAGCCAUCACUGAGAGCCUCAAUGAGAUUAACAAUCGCAAAUCCACUUAUCAACGAAUUAUGACUGAAUCGGCUGCUUCAUUCCCCGUGGUGGACUCGCCCCCGCCAAUCCCUGAAGAGCCUCACCUAUGAACCACUAGAUGGCGACACCAAAACUAGAAGGUCGCUGUUCACGCUUCAAAACUCGUGCAAUCACAAACAUUCUCAAAAGAAACUAGUCCACAGGGCUAGACUCCAACCCAAAACCAUGUUACAUUAUCUCUGUCAUAUGAUCCAACAUCUCACUCUUAGUCAAUCAAUUGGAUUCAAAAUUCAAAUACACCUCUGUUCCAACCAGCUGAGAGUUUCUGCCACAGCUUGAUUUCGAACGUCCUCGAUCUCCAAGAUGAGAUGAUGUUUGGCAUUGGGAAACAUAAUGAUUUGCUUAUCUUGGGCCUUGGCACGGGCGUGUAGAUCCUCGGAGCCUCGUGGCAUACACAACGUGUCCAAUUUGCCAUGCAUUGUUAGGAACGGAAUAUCAAUCUCCGACAAGGCACUCCCGACGAUCUGAAACAAAGGGUUGCCAUUCUAGAGCACGAGAAUUUCCAUUCUGCAAUGGGUCGUGGUCACCUUCAGAGAUUCCAACAUGGCCAGCGCAGUGCCAACCUUGAUUCCUUGAUUGUAUCUCAAGGGAUCGUCUCUCAAUUGCUGUUGCGUAUCCAAGUCUGAAGUCACGGCAUCCAAGGGUAUUUGCUCGGUAGGGAACUCAGGGACAAUGAGAUUUGCGAGUUGCGCCAACAUGAACUUGGGAAAAGUAAUGGUCUCGUCAUUGACCUUGAUAAGGGGUCCCUCGAGCACCAU